AUGGCUUCCUCAUGUCCCCUCCGAGAAGACGGCACUUCGCAGCAGAAAGCCACGCCUCAGACAAGCCCUCCACUAGAGAACGAUGCACACGCUCCCGUUGUUGAGCCUGAGCUGCCCAAACUUUCCGCCCAAGAUUUCCGGGUGUAUAACAGGCUAGCUGUCAUGAUGGAUGCAUAUCACAACCAUUUCCGCUACACAUGGAACCUGCUGUAUCAAACCUGUACUUCAGGUUCUCGACCUCCGGGCAUGUCGCUCCGCGGCUUAAUUUCCCAAGGCCUGCAUUUCUGCCACGCAUUGACAGUCCACCAUACAAUCGAAGAACAACACGUUUUUCCGGAACUCGCUGAACGUAUGCCCGCCUUUGGCGUGCACGAUCACCUAGUCACCCAACAUGAGAAGAUCCAUGAAGGUUUAGAGAAGCUGGAGCAGUAUUUGGAUGGGUGUCGGACUGGAGAGAGGGAGUUGAGAUUACCAGAGUUGAAGGAAAUUAUGGAUUCGUUUGGAGAAGUGUUGUGGACGCACUUAGACGAUGAGGUGAGAAUGCUGGGGGCGGAAAAUAUGCGGAAAUAUUGGAGCAAGGAUGAGAUCAUGUCGAUGCACUGGUGA